AUGGCCAACAAAAAAAGAAUAAUAAGACCAAGGAAAAGAAAGUUUAACGGCAAUCAGCAUAAUAAUUCCAAUAAUACCAAUAAGCAAUUUGAUACAAACACAGGAAGUUCUACAAGUAGUAAAAAGCUAAAAAAUAAUCUUGAAAAAACAUUAUUUGAUGACGACGAAUUUAUAUUUUUUAUGCAUUUUAAACAAAUGAAAAGUUGUUUUGAAAAGUAUGCUACUUGUAAUAUAUGUGGUACAAAGCUUUCCAUGUUGCAUGAUCAUUCAAGACACUUGGGUUUUUCUUUGUUUUUUCAAAUUUAUUGCAGUGGUUGUGCUUUUAAAGAUACAUUUUUUUCUUCUCCUGUUGUCAAAAACAAUAAAGCUGGUAUAAAUACUAGUGAAAUUAAUGUACGCAGUGUUAUGGCAUUCAGGGAGAUUGGCAGAGGCAGAGAUGCAAUGUUAACUUUUACCUCCAUAAUGAACAUGCCACCACCUUUAUCAAAACCUAGUUUUGACUGUAUUAAUAGCAAACUUUACGAUGCUUAUAAAUCAGUCGCUGAGCAAAGUAUGAAAAAUGCUGCUAUGGAAGUUAGGAGAAUAACCUGGCAGCGAAGAGGAUAUUCUUCUUUAAACGGUGUUGUGGUAGCAACGUCUCACGACAACAACAAAGUAUUGGAUACUGUUACAUUAUCUAAGUUUUGUAAAGGAUGUCAAAUUUGA